AUGCCGAUGGCGCAAUUUGCGGAGACGACAAAGCUACAAGAACAUCCAAUACGUUUUUUGAAAGAGGUAGUGGGGGAAGUGCGCGGCCUGCCGAGAUUCAGGCUACGUUUGCUCCGGCACGGCAUCGAGGUGGAUGAUGGCACGGUGCUCGAGGGACAAGCAGAUCUGGAAUUGGUUCAGCUGGCCUUUUCUUCUGCCUCAGACGCAGAAGUGGCCGAACUUGUUGCGGCAGCAGGAGACAACGAAGUCGUAGAGGUGGAACGCAUGCUAAGCAGACCUCAGAAUCCAGACUUGGGAUACCCACCCCCUCUUUUGCUGGCUUCCUUGCGCGGCCACGUGGAAGUUGUCCGAACGUUGCUGGAGGCCAAGGCUGAUUGUGACAAGGAGGGCAAUGGCCAGUGCCCCUUGUUGGCUGCUACAGAGGAUGGUCAUGUUGAAGUCGUCCGCCUAUUGCUUGAGAGCCGGGCAGAUAGCAACCUUGCAUGCACCUUCGGCUCAGUUCCUUUGCACGUUGCCGCUGAACAUGGCCAUGCAACGAUUGCUCACCUCUUGCUUGCAGCUGGUGCAGAAGCUGACAAGCAGAACUCCAGUGGCUGGACCCCUUUGCAUUGGGCGGCAUCAGGACUUUCAGGUAUUGGUCAUGCAGGCGUUGCCCGUAUGUUGCUUGAGGCAAGGGCUGACCAGAACAUAGCAAACAGCGAUGGUGACACCCCUUUACUCAGGGCUGCGCACUCGUCCAACUAUUCGAUUUUUCGUGCCUUGCUGGUGGCAAGAAGGACACGCCAAACGGCCGUGGCGAAACUCCUUUGUUGA